GCUUGUCAUCUCCGAUGAGCCUUUUGCCUGCCUGUGGCCAAAGUCUCUCUUGAUGCCCAUUGAAUGGAUGCCGGUGGAGGAGCUGCACUUGGGCAUGCGGUCUGGUGCUAGACGUACGGCUGAGCCGACGCUGCUUGAUGACGGCUUCGAGGGCAUGGCGGAGCUCCCGUGGCCUGCCGAACCACGCAGCCUCGUCGAACAUCGGCACGUGGAGACCGUGGAGAUGUGGUGCAACGAAAGCAGACAGGUUUUCGACGGUGGGCGGCAGCAGGCCAACCUCGCUCCGGAGUUCGACCUGAGUGCUGAUGUGUCCUCCAGCGCCGGCUUUUAUGUCAGGGACACAGCUUGGUCUCCGUGA